CAACUUUUAGGUCAGCAUGCGCAAUAGCAAAUGGAAAAUGCAGUGUCUGAGCUGACAGCUCCCCGCGCCCUUAGGGAUAGCGAUGUGGUAGCCGGACUUCAUUUCUAAAGAGACUGAAGCAAGCCAACUAGGACUCAAAGCAGCUGGAACCAACGAUGAGGGCCCCAGCAGGCUUCCUUCUUUGCUCGCUGCUGCUGGUGGCCCCCCGUUGCAGAGAGGUGGCCCCCCAGGAGGUCCAGCCUGACCCCAAAAUGCCAUGUGCCAACUGGAUGGGAGGAGCACCUGGCUACCCUGGCCACAACGGACUCCCUGGCAGGGACGGGAAAGACGGAAAAGACGGACUAAAGGGAGAGAAAGGAGAGGAAGGUAUGCAAGGCCCCAAAGGCGACCAAGGCGAAAGAGGAGUUCCAGGGCAGGAAGGGCCAAGAGGUUUUCCUGGAUACCCAGGGCAGAAGGGGGAGAAGGGCGAAGGCGCCUUCGUCUACCGCUCUGCCUUCAGCGUGGGACUGAAGGAGCGAGCCCCCCACCCCAAUGUCCCCAUCCGCUUCAGCAAGAUCUUCUACAAUGAGCAAAGCCAUUACGACGCCAGCACCGGCAAGUUCCUCUGCAGCAUCCCUGGCAUGUACUACUUCGCCUACCACCUGACGGUCUACCUGACGGACGUCAAGGUCAGCCUCUACAAGAAGGACAAGGCGGUGAUCUUCACCUAUGACCAGUUCCAGAAGAACAAUGUUGACCAAGCGAGCGGCUCCGUCUUGCUGCACCUCAGCACUGGGGAUGAGGUUUGGCUUCAGGUGUACGGGGAGGGGGACAAUAACGGUGUCUACGCUGAUAACAUCAACGAUUCAACUUUCAUGGGCUUCCUCCUGUACCCAGACCUGGAUGUCCAUUAAAGCAAGAGGUGCUGCAUGGGAGAGGAUGAGGUGGCUUUAACCCUGGACAGCGUCCUGGGGCACUGGCACUAUAGCUAUAUUGCAUUUACCAGAAAAUUGCCUUUUGCAGGGGCAAUGCUUGCCAAGGGUGGACCCUAUUACCUGAAAAAAUCAGUGAGGUUAUACAUGAAUGACUUCCAUGGGACCAAGAGUUCACUCCUACCUCUGCUCUUGCUCUCCUUGUGGAAAGCCGGGCCCAAAGUCAAACGCCACUCCUGCCACAUCAUGAAAGAGUAACUCUCAAGAUGGGCUAAUCUUUUUUUACAUUUAAAACUGAUAAGAGAAAAAUUGGUUACAUUUAAAUAUCACAUUCUAAAUUCCUCUUUUUUAUCUACCUAAAUUCAUUUAAACCCAUGGUAAUCAUUUUAGCCAGCAUUUUAAAAUUAGAGUAGAACAGGGAGAAGACUAUUCACGAAAGCCAUUUCUGCUCUUGUUUUCAGCUGGAACAGAUGGCUCUGGUUUUUUUAUCGUAACUCCCUGUCUUAUUAGGGCCUUUGACUUCCACCCAUGGUUUGUUGUGUCCCUUCUUUAGCCCAGAUCUUUGAAUAUAUUCAGAUUAUUAACUUUCAUUGAUUUUAAUCCUUUGAUUUUCCUUUUAUGUUUAUCCCUUAUCGUCUUCUCUAAUGUAGACAGCAUGCUCAUUUAGGGAAGGGAUCUUCCCUUUUGAUUUAUCUGAAAAGCCUUAUGAACACCAGUGAGGCUACACAACAAAAGCAGCCCAUUGACCGCACGGCUCUGGGGGUCCUGAGGUGGUCACAGACACGUUGGCUGCACAGUUGUGAUGCUCGGAAAUGCCAGCAGCUCCCCUGCAAACACCGCGCCUGACCAGGGAGCAGAAGGUCCCUCAAGGCUCCUGGGCAGAGGGGACCUUGGGGUGGAGGUGUCCCUUCCCAAAUCACUCACCUGGCGCUGGAGGUGAUGGCACGAGUACUAUCUCAGCCCAGAGGCCACCAGCAUGGGGCACACAAGCAGCAUCUUACAGUUUCCGUCUGCAAGCUGGGAGGAUCCUGUCCCAUCUUCCCCCUGAAUAGCUUCCAAGUGCAGUCAGAAGUUGAGGUCUAGCAACUGUGUUUCUACGUUUCCACACCGUAAGUGUGCCAUAAGCAAUGGUUUGCACACCAGCUGGGCAGAGCUUCAGGUGGUGGUGCAACCUCCCAUGUUGAGUGGGCUCCUGGGAUGAACACCCCCAGGACCUGCCCCAGCUCUCGGCAAGGUUACCUUAACGGGGGAAGAGUAUCAAGGCUGAGAUUAGUAGCAGUCCCAUCAAACUGCUCUCCAAGGAACUUGCUUAACUUUUAGCUAAGAAGAGGAUUUGAUGGCUUCUCAGAUACGUACAAAGAAGACUCCCAUUAAGCUUCAGAACAAGCUAACACAGAUCAGAGCUAAUGCGUUAUUACAAGCACAAAACAGCAUUAAGAGCUUCAACUGAAAUUACUUCCAACAGCGGCAGCAUUUUCUACACUUCAGUGAAUUACCACAUUACAAAUAACAACAACAAUAAAAAACUCUCUCAA